AUGAGCACGCAACAACGAAAACAGCCGUGGUGGAAAACCGGGUUUUCCAAAAAGUACCAGCCCAGCACAGAAGAACGGCAAAUCUUCUUUAAUCUCCCUCUGCCGGAGUCCAUGCUGGACCCCAAAACGAGGCUUCCACUCGCUAAUUACCCGAGAAACAAGAUUAGAACCACAAAGUAUACCCCGAUUUCAUUUCUUCCAAAGAAUAUCUUCUUCCAGUUCACCAAUAUCGCCAACUCGUAUUUCCUGUUGAUUAUUAUUCUGGGAGCGUUCCAGAUCUUUGGAGUGCAAAGUCCAGGCAUGCAGGCCGUUCCACUGAUUGUGAUUGUUGUUUUGACGGCAAUCAAGGACGGGUUCGAAGACUACAGAAGAAGCUCCUCUGAUAUGGAGCUUAAUAACUCUAGAGUGCACAUUUUAACGGGCUUGGAUAAUCCAAACGUGGCAGUCGAUCAUGUUGGUCCGUGGAGAAAAUUCAAAAAGGCGUGCAGCAGAGGCACCCGGUCGUUCAUCUACACGAUCAGUGGACAGUCCAAAAAACGGGCAGAGAUGCAACAACUACUUUCCAACGAUUUGGAAAGAGUUGCCACCAUCAGCUCAAACCAGACCCAACAGCCUCGGACGUCCAUGGCAACUGCCAGAUCGCAACGCUCUGCCAAAAUAUCCCCCUUUGUGGCUAACACUGUUUCAGAUCCAAACGUGGUUCCUGAGAUGAAGUACAAGUUCCAAAAUAAAUUCUGGAAAGACAUUAGCGUGGGAGACAUCAUUCGGAUCAGAAACAACGAGGAAGUGCCUGCCGAUGCGAUCCUGCUUUCGACCAGUGACGAGUUUGGCGAGUGUUACGUCGAGACUAAAAAUCUCGACGGUGAGACAAACUUGAAGAGUAAACACGCUCUCAAAUGCGGCUUGGGCCUGAAACAUGCGGCUGACUUGGAAAGAGUGCGAAUGGUCGUCGAGACAGAACCUCCAAAUGCUAAUCUGUACAAGUUUAGAGGUGUGGUCAAAUACACUGCGUACGACUCGGAACAUGACACUACCGGCCACGAGGCCCAGGAACCGGCUACUUACGAUAACGUGUUGCUCAGAGGUGCUUCUCUCAGAAACACCAAAUGGGCUCUCUGUAUUGUGGCUGCAACAGGUAACGAUACCAAGAUCAUGCUCAAUGCGGGAAUCACUCCUACCAAGAAGUCCAAGCUUUCGAGUCAACUUAAUAUCUCUAUUAUCAUCAACUUUGUGGCUCUGUUCAUCCUAUGUUUUGUGUCGGGAUUGAUCAACGGACUGUUCUACGACAAAUCAGACACUUCAAGAGCCCUUUUCGAGUACAAACCUCUUGCUGGAUGGAGCUCAGCUGCCAAUGGUGUUGUUGCUUUCUUUGUGGCUUUGAUUCUGUACCAGACAUUAGUUCCGGUGUCGUUCUACAUUUCCAUUGAAAUCAUCAAAACCAUCCAGGCAUAUUUCAUUUACGCCGACGUCAAGAUGUACUACGCUAAGCUGGAUUUCCCAUGCACUCCAAAAUCUUGGAACAUCUCUGAUGAUCUGGGCCAGAUCGAGUAUAUUUUCAGUGACAAGACCGGAACGUUGACUCAGAACGUUAUGGAGUUCAAGAAAUGUACCAUUGCUGGCAAGUCUUAUGGACUUGCGUACACAGAGGCUCAACAAGGUAUGGACAAACGGGCUGGAGUCAAUGUUGCUGAGGAGAAGGAGAAAAUGACACAGGCAAUUGCUCUUGAUAAAGAAGACAUGUACGACCAGUUGGAAAAACUCAAUAACGACCAGUAUCGCCAGGAUAAAGUCACGUUUGUUUCCAGCGAAUACUUGAAGGAUGUCAGCGAGUCUGCUGAUCCGGAAAGGAAAAAGGCAAACGAGAGCUUCAUGCUCGCACUGGCUCUUUGUCACACAGUAAUCACCGAAAAGGACGAGGAAGGAUACUUGUCGUUCCAAGCAGAGUCUCCAGAUGAAGCAGCUUUGGUUGCCGUUGCAAGAGACGUUGGUAUUGUUUUCAGAGAACGUACCAGAUACGGACCAACCGUGACGAUCUAUGACAAUGAAAAGCCUUUAAGUUACGAACUGUUGGAGAUCAUUCCAUUCAACUCCACCAGAAAGAGAAUGUCUGUGAUUUUGAAAGGACCAGACGGACGCAUUGUUUUGUACUCUAAAGGUGCCGAUAACGUCAUCUAUGAGCGUCUGGAUCCAAACUCCGACAAGCAGAUGUUGAGCAAGACGGCUAUUCAUCUUGGCGAGUAUGCCGAGGAAGGUCUCAGAACACUGUGUAUUGCCCAGAAAGAGAUCUCUGAGAAAGAGUUUAACGAAUGGCACGAGAAGUACAAAGCUGCCAGUGCUUCCAUUUCUGAAGACAGAGAAGAAAAGAUGGAAAUUCUUGGAAACGAAAUCGAGGCUAAGUUGACUCUUCUUGGAGGAACCGCUAUUGAGGAUCGUUUGCAAGACGGUGUUCCCGACUCGAUCUCUCUGUUGGCCAGUGCUGGAAUCAAGUUGUGGGUUCUUACCGGUGACAAGGUCGAGACGGCCAUCAACAUUGGGUUUUCCUGUAAUUUACUCGGCAACGACAUGGAACUUUUGGUGAUCAAGUCGAAUGAAGAUUCGGAAAAAGACGCUGCUUCUGAACUGGUUCCAAAAUACCUCACUGAGAAGUUUGGAAUCGAGGGAACGAAACAGGACCUUGAGAACGCCAAGAAGGAUCAUUCUCCGUCCAGUGGAAACUACGCCAUAAUUGUGGACGGAGCUUCAUUGGAGUCGAUUUUCAACAACCCAGAGCUGAAACUCAAGUUCCUGCUGCUGUGCAAACAGUGUAGGUCUGUGCUAUGUUGCCGUGUUUCUCCCGCUCAAAAGGCUCAAAUCGUCAAGAUGGUCAAGGACACAUUGAAAGUGAUGGCUCUUGCUAUUGGAGACGGAGCCAACGACGUGGCCAUGAUUCAAGCGGCCAACGUUGGUGUUGGUAUUGCUGGAGAAGAAGGACGUCAAGCCGUUAUGUCGAGUGACUAUGCCAUUGGCCAGUUCAGGUUCCUUGUGAGAUUGUUGUUAGUUCACGGCCGGUGGUCGUACAAGAGACUCGGAGAAAUGAUCACCUGCUUCUUUUACAAGAACGUCAAUUUCGUGAUGGCUCUGUUCUGGUACGGUAUUUUCAACAACUUUGAUGGAUCGUAUCUUUACGAGUACACUUACUUGAUGUUUUUCAACUUGGCAUUCACGUCGUUGCCUGUGAUUUUCCUUGGAAUUUUGGACCAGGAUGUUCCGGACUAUGUUUCGCUGCUGAACCCUGAAUUGUACCGGUCUGGAAUCCUGGGACUCGAGUGGUCUCCAUUCAAGUUCCUUUACUACAUGGCCGAUGGACUGUACCAGUCGUUUGUUGCGUUCUUCUUCCCGUGGUUCCUGUUCCACCAGGCCAACUAUGUGAACCAGCACGGACUUAACGUGGACCACCGGUUCUGGGUUGGAAUCUUCUGUGCACACAUCUCUGUGGUGUCAUGUAACUUGUACGUGAUGCUAAUGCAGAAAAGAUGGGAUUGGCUUUCGAUGCUGAUCAUUGCCAUUUCCAUUCUGUUGAUCUUCUUCUGGUCGGGAAUCUGGACCUCGUCGCUGGGGUCGCAGGAGUUCUACAAGGCUGCUUCCAACUGUUACGGAACAGUUGCGUUCUGGUGCACCUUUUUUGUGGGUGUGCUUUUGUCUGUUUUGCCACGGUUCACCUACGAGAUUCUCAACAGACUCUACCGGCCAAAGGACAUCGACAUCAUUAGAGAACGCGUGGACAUGGGGGCCUACAAGAACUACACCGACGAUUACGACCCGACUCUUGGCCCUACGGUGCAGUCUCCGUCGGAGUCUGUGAUGGGCCGGUCGCAAUCCGAAGAGCUGACCGACGAGAAGAACGAUAUCGAGGCCAACGAGACGCUGGCCAUUCGUCCAAGAAGAAAUACCAUCAAAAAGAUGAUAGACAAGAUCACUCCGGGAGUCAAGCAGUCUCCGCUGGAAACCAUCCGGCAGUCGAUGAUUCAUUCUGGCCAGGCCUCGCACCGGUCCUCGGCGCAGAUGAUCCGCACCAGCCACGACCUCGAGGGCAUCACGUCCCCAGAGAACCUCAUGAGAUUGCACACCAGAAACAGCCAGCUGACCAAGUGA